AUGGACUUACUCUUCGCUUGUCUAAUUCUCGGAAUCCAUGGAUCUCUUGCCUACAGCUUGCUGGAUCCGAGCUGCGUAGAAUACCCGAGAGUAUCCCCCCUAAUUUACGGAGGGGAAGCCACUGAUAUAUUGAAUAACCCGUGGAUGGUGCAGAUACUUAAAGCUGGGAGACAUCAUUGUGGCGGAUCGUUAAUAACCCCCCAAUUUAUUUUAUCAGCGGCGCAUUGCCAAAGCAAAUCAAAUUUAACAGCGCGUUUGGGUUAUAGUGGAAACAGCAAAAGAAAAGUCUGCAGCGAUGGAAAGUGCAGUUCGGCGAGUGUGGAAAUCAAUUUGGAUAGAACCUUCGUGCACCCAAACCAUUUCAAUUAUCUUUAUUAUGACAUUGCUAUAUACAGACUGGAAAGGCCAGUGCAAUUCAAUGGUAAGCGCAUAGAUUUUGCGAACUUAAGAGCUCAAGUACUCAUGAAUCGCUUCCUCUCAGCUCAAAUAAAACCGAUCUGUGUUAUACGCACGUUCUACAGGGAAUCCCAAACGAUGAUUUUACAAAACGUCGGUAGGUUUAAUGUGACUGGCUGGGGACUAACGAGCGAAGGAGAGAACAGCCGAGUCCUUCAGAUAACCAGCUUAGCCCAUCUCGAUCGGCAGUUCUGCACGACAACCUUUAGGAUGAAUAUCGACGAGGAUCACAUCUGCGCUGGCGAUGUGAACACCGGCACUUGCAACGGAGACUCUGGGGGACCCUUGAGUGCCAGGAUGGAGUUCGAGGGCAAGGUGCGCCCCUUUCUGUUCGGCACCACCAGUUACGGAGCUCCUGGGUGUCGUACGGCCAGUGUUUUCACGAGUGUUAUGGCAUUCUCUGACUGGAUUUCAAACGUGGUUUAUCUUAACACCCCCCGAGAAGACCGCUCCACCAACUACUUUGGCCAACGAAGGACGCGAAUGUAUCCAAAUUCAUAAAACAAUAUCAAUGAUCACUUUGCGGACUUGGAAAGUUUUUUGAAAUUUUGUUUAAAAAUACAAAACCAAUGAUCUAUCCCGGUAAUGAA